AUGUCGUCCCCUCAUAAAAUUUUUAAAGCAACUCAAGAGCCAGAUAAACUUUUGGGUGGAACCCGUAAGCAAGCCCGCAAAAUAAACGAGCAAGAAAAUAAAGCUGGACCUGCGAAACCUACGGCUCCUCCUCCUGCUAACCAAUCACGUGAUGCUAUGUCGCAAGAUAAUAGUAAAGAAAAGGCACCUUCUAGUUAUACUGAAGGGGCUACCAUCUAUUAUAUACCACAUGAAUCUCAAACACACAAUAAUAAUGAUGGAAUGUCAUUUACUUCCAUCCCUAAUGCUCAAGUACAAGGAAUUUUGGAGGCGCGUGGUUUCGACUUGCCAAAUUCUGAGCUUUUGGACUUGGGUGGUAAGGAUGGAAGGCCAUCUUCUAGCCCAACCUUCUCACGUUACUCCUUCAAUUAUUACGCAAAAAUUCCAUCGAUUUUGAAUGAUACUCAGACACACGAUCAUGAUGAAUGGGCAUCCGACACCAUUCCUAAUCCUCAAACACAUGAUGGAAGAACAUCCACUAUAAUCUUUAAUCCUCAAACAUACGGUGGGAGGGUAUCCUCUAGCCUCACCCUCUUGCGUUACUCCUCCAAUUAUUAUGCAAGAAUCCCUUCGAUUUUGAAUGGUCUACAAACUCUUCCAUCGUUCCCAUGGUUCCUGAAUAAUCCUAAUGAAAACAAUGAAAUUUCUCUUCCACCUGUUUGUGGUGAUUCGGCAUCCCAACAAAUUCAUUUACAUACCCUUGAGCCCGUUCAUAAACCGGAAGAUCCAGAAUUGCCGUUUCGGUUAUAA